CACGCCGUGUCGACAAUGGCAGCGCCGUACAGCAGACUGCUUGAUCUGGUCAAGGUCCAAUGUCGGAUCUUCUCGCUGAACUUCAACCCCGAAAGAGCGCGAUUGGGAAACAAGAUUCUACGACAGCGCCUGCGUGGCCCGGCGCUGGCAGCAUGGUACCCGAGAAAGACGGUCUCGUUUCGUGAUUUGCAAGACACAUACAGCCGCUCAGGUCUAACAAUGUUCGAUGAGGCUGAGGAUGAUCGUGAGGAAGCAAUUCAAAUUGCGAAGUUACGAGGGAAGGGUCGACCCAAAAAGAAAAGAACGGCUGCAGAAUCGCGAUCAGCAAAAAAGAAGAAAUAGAUUCCUUAUGGCAAAUGAGGUUGAACUAUCAGUUCUAUUGCAAGGGAUUGUCCACCAUGCUGUGCAUUAUGGCCUAAAACCAAGCUGUUGGUUUAUCGCUCCCUUUAAGCUUAUCCGGUUUGACGUAUUUUUUAUCACUGUUUGUUCUCCCUUGUUUAUUCAUUACCUUCGGGGUCUGUAUAGUAUAAGAUAUAGAAAAUUCGAACAUG